CUCUUAAACCCUACUCGAAAAGCCAAUUGCCAUGGAUCCUUUCCAUCAUCCAAGCGGUGGCUCAAUCACAUGCAAAUGGUGUUCAUUCAAGCCAUCAGAAGUCAUGUUCGAGAACGCAAAGCUGUGCCUCACAUGCCACGACAAAGCUUUGCUAGCUGUUCAAAAUCCUCGACUAUGCGAGGAAUGCAAUGCCAUAUUCACGGAGGAAAAUGUGACUCGGUCAUUGUUCUCUGAAUAUGGAUAUUCACACCUCAGCCGCAAUGCAUUGGAGUCGUCUGCUGAGCGAGGCUGUGGACUGUGCCGCAUGUUCUUGCUUCAGGACCCGAACCCUGAUGAGCGACGCUUGCAGAUGUCGCUGAGUCUUUUUGCUGAGGGCAGUUUAUCUGAUGAUGGAUGUACGGUGGAUAUAAAUUCGUUGUAUUUUUCGUCCGAGCCGGACAUGUUCAAACUCAAGCUCUCGGUAGCCGCUCUAGAUGAUAAUGCAAAGAUGAUCACGAGCCAGAGUCCCAUCGAGAAAGAUUUGGGCGAUGAUAACACUAUUGUGCAGGCACAAAAUUGGUUGUCUGAAUGCCUCACAAAGCACUCCGAAUCCACAUCGCUGAAAGAUGAUCUCCCAGGAAAUCGCAAACCAUUCCCAACCAGAGUGAUUGAUGUAGGCACAAAUUCAAGCUCUGUAGCAAAGCUUUUCCAGCCUUCUGAUACUAUAUACGACGAUUAUGUCACCUUGAGCUACUGCUGGGGAAGAACACGGUUCCUCACCACACUGAAAUCCAAUCUCGAGGAACACUUCAGAGGUCUAGAAGAGGCCAAACUUCCACAAACGUUCGUUGAUGCCAUCAAGACCACGAGAAAGCUUGGUUUUCGCUACAUAUGGAUCGACGCUCUUUGCAUCAUUCAGGACAGCAUAGAGGACAAGAUCAUCGAGAUCGGAAAUAUGGAGAAUAUAUAUAGCAACUCCACGCUCACAAUAGCGGUGGUGAACGCACCGAGCGUGAUGGAAGGGUUCUUGAAGACGAAACCUCGACUAUCCGUCGACGUCCCAUGCCGAAGUCCCAAUGGAGGACCGGGCACUAUCAAGAUAUCUCCUCAAGUGGAGGUUGAUAUGUGGCAACAACCUCUAUACACCCGAGCAUGGUGUCUGCAAGAGAACCUCCUCUCAGCUCGAAUGCUGCUAUUCACAAACACAGAAGUCCUCUGGCAAUGCCGAUCCCACCCCAUACUGCGUCCAUCGACCACUCACGUCGAAUAUCUGUACGAGAACCCAAACCUAGCCUCUUCUCCCUUUGGCAGGAUCCCCGAUUCCGUCACAGUCGAAAAGUCCCAAUCUUCAGUCAGCCCCGAACUUGAAUACGAACGAUACAAAGCCUGGCACCACACAGUACAGAAUUACACGAAACGCAACCUGACCGUGCUUUCCGAUCGCUUCCCCGCCAUCUCGGGAGUUGCUCAGAAGUUCAAGGAUGCGUGGGAGAACGAGUAUUUUGCUGGAGUAUGGAAACCGCAUUUCCUUGCCUCCUUGACGUGGCGACGUACUAGUUCGUGGCAGGGUCCAGCGGAUAAGUACUGGCCGCCGCUGAAGGAGUAUCGGGCACCGAGCUGGUCGUGGGCGAGUAUUGAGGGGCCGAUUGAGUUUGAUUGGCGGCUGGAUUUGGGGAAUAUGAGGGGUUUGGGGGCGAAACUUAUCUCUUGUGAGGUUGUGCCUUUGAGGAAUCAAGCAUCACUUGGAGAGGUGAAGAGUGGCAGGGCGGUCCUUGAGGCGUCGUUGAUCCCAGGUCGAGAUCUUCCGAAUCGUGGAAUUGCCGGGUUGGAUGCGGAGACUUAUCGCAUUGGAGGGACGCUGGUGCUUGAUAAUCACGAGGAAGAUCGAUGGCCGGGACCAGGUCGGGCGCAUCUUCUUAGCCAGGGUGAGGGGUUGAUGGAGAACUCGGUGGGAAUGCUUCUCGGUGAAGGUCGUGAUGGCGGGGGGAAGAUGACGAGCACAACCGUAUUGGUGUUGAUGCCGGUGGAGGGCGAAGUCGAUACUUUCAGGAGGGUUGGGUUUUGGAGUACUUCGCAUAAAGGAACUUCUAAGAUGUGGGUCGGUGCUGGGAAGCGGAAGACUUUCACGAUUAUCUGAUCAUGUUAAAGAUCACGAAGAAAGUCUGCGAUUGGCUGAUACUCAUCAACCGGGCAAUGAAAUGAGCGAAGACCAUCAUGUAUAGUCCUAGCAGACGAGUGGAGGUACUCAAUGGCUAGUCCAGUAGACCAUAGACUCAACGUAAUGG